AUGCGAAGACAGCCAUCUGCUUUUAGUGACACUGUAGAUGGACGGUUUACAGGUACUCUCUUGACUAACUAUGCUGUUGAAAGUGAUGCAUCAUUAAUAGCGAAUAACGAUAAGCUGUCAGCAACUUCAGCCUCAAUACCAAACGCAUUCUUGAAUUUUGCUUCUUGUCAACCUGAAACAACGAACACUCUUUCCAAAUCAGCAGUUGCCACUUCAGAGCAACAAUCCAGUUCGAGUAAUUUGGCAUGCGAAUUGCGAAGGUGUGGUACGAUUGCAGCGGUUCAGUCGAACAGCGCCACUAGUCAACAACAUAAUACCGCUUCAUGCUCAACACCUCUCAUUCAGAUUGCUGAUCUCUCGCCAGACCGAUCACCGCUCCGCGGUGGCACAAAAGUUUUGAUAGUUGGAGGAUGGUAUUUACGUGGGCAUGAUUAUACGGUAAUGUUUGACGACCAACAGGUUCCUGCAACACUUUUUCAUGCCGGAGUGCUUCGAUGUUUCGCGCCUCCUCAUAAUGCUGGUGUUGUAAAACUUGAAGUCUACUGUGAUGGGUUGUUGAUUUCACAUGCUGUGCAAUUUGAAUAUUUGGACAUGAGUAGAACCGGUGGCCAGAGCGCUGUUCUGUUAGAAAUUAGUGAACGUUUGCGAUUCUUCCAUUCGUGCAUGAUUACUGAUCGAUCGCAGUGUGCUAUGCGAGAGCUACCAGAAUUAGAUACAGAAACGGUAGCUUUGGAGAUUUGGAGUGAGAUGAUGCGUUAUCCGUUUGAUUAUAACCUCCUUACGAAUCGUUCAGCCACGAUGCGCAACGAUAAUUCGUUGUUGCAUUUAUGUGCAAUGCUGAAUUUCCAUCGUCUGAUACAGUCCGUUCUUCAAUUCAGAUCGGAGAUCUCAUCACAGUACUAUAUACGUGAUUUGGAUGUAGUAUCGAGAGAUGCAGAAGGUCGAACACCACUUCAUUUGGCAGUGCUGCAUGCUAACCUCAAUAGUAUCCAGAUUUUGAUCUCAAAUUGCCCCAGCUCAGUGGAUGUGCUGGAUGACCGGGGUGAAACUCCGCAAGAUUUGAUCUUUAAGUCACAAAAUUCACAUAUCAUCAAUUCAUACAAACAAACUAUUGAUACCGUUAGACACCAAGCAAAAGCUAGUGAUGACCGAUGCGGUCAGUCUCAAGAAUCGAUCAAUUCCACCGCAUUGUGGGUGAUGACAAAUGGUGAAACAGUUACCGAUGAGCAACGUUUAGCAAAUACCUCCACAAUAACAUCAUCCUCUCGCCAAACAAUGCUGCAGGAGAAUGGUGGUGGCGAUUCAUCGAUCAAAUCGUUAAAUGAGUAUUCUGAUAUUGACGAUUCUCAUCAUGAUGGUUCCUCUCUCAGUGCCAAUAAACUUCAUCAUUGUGAAAAUCUUGAGCGAGGUGGUUGGAUGGAUGAUACGUUGGCUAUGGAUGUACAUAUUCCAGAUUCGCCAACUACAGCUGACAUGUGGAAUGCUCUUUCGAGCAGCGAUGAUGCUACUAGUGAAGGAGCUCGUGCGCGAAUGGCAAGUUUAGCGCAACAGAUCAUUGAUGCUCUGCCUGCAAGAAUAAAGAGUUUCAAUGAAGCAGCUGAUCCAAAUUUUGUGGAUGAUGUUGGCGGUCUGUCGGAGCCGUCUGAAUCGUCAGGUCUUUCGAUACACUCGAGAAAUCCUUUUCUUGGCAAUGCUUAUGUGAGAUCAUCGAGUGAAUGGGAGGAAUUGGUGACGCCGCUCGACAACACCACUUAUGAGGUUCACGUCUCCGAAUUUCAUGGACCGUGCUAG